AUGGCUCCUAUCCGAAUUUCUUUUGCGGUUUUUUCCCUUUUUUCUGCUAUUGUCUGCCCUUUUGUUGCUGCAGCUCCCAAUGUGGCCAAGCGCAGCGGUGUUCAAGUCGAUAGCAAUGUCAUUUUGAUGGGAACAAACGGUACCUAUCCACGCGCAACGUACAUCAACAAUGGAACCCUACUAGGAUGUUAUACAGCGAACCGCGGCACUCAAAUCGCGAUCAAUACUGUUGUGUCCACUGACAAAGGCUCGACCUGGAGUGAAUUGGGCUCCGUUGCUAACGAAGACGAAGCGAGCCACGGGUUGAACAACUGCUAUCUACACCAACUGCCGGACUCUGACCGAAUCCUCAUGGCUUUCCGCAAUCAUGACCGUGUCGGGACACAUUAUGUGAAGCACAUUAUGUUGGUAUACUAUUCAGACGACAAUGGAAAGACCUGGGAAUAUCUAAGCACUGUUGCAACCACCGAUACGACGGGGAAUGGUAUCUGGGAGCCGUUUAUCAUGGACACGCUAGACGGCGACCUGAUGUUGUUUUUCUCUCGAGAAAAGGUAACCGAUGGCACAGAUCAGGAUAGCAGCUUGAUCCGUUCCAAUGACGCUGGCAAGACCUGGCAAAAUGAAACGACCAUUUCCGGGGCCGACAUCAAGAAGCGCGACGGAAUGCUUGGAGUUGCCCGUCUGGCCCCUGGUUCCGAAAAUCUGAUAGCCGUCUUUGAAAGUCUCAUGCCAAACACCGGUAUCACUUCGAUCACGUCCUCUGACGAUGGAAAGACUUGGAAUCCGGAACGCGGCACCGUUUACGAGAGUUCUAAGCCUUCUGAGGCAGCACCUCAAGUUGUCCUCGUUGGCGAAACUCUUGUUACCAGCUUCGCAACGUACGAAGACGACCCUAGCGGUGCUCAGGCCAACGUCAAGGUCGUCACAAGUACAGAUGGAGGUGUCAACUGGGGCCAAAAGACACUGGUGCAAGAGGACUGUUUUUGGGCUGGAUCAGUGGUGAUUGACGACAGCAGCUUGCUUGUGAUGUGCCAACACCAGAGCAAUUCGGAUGUUGUCGCACGACGCGUGACUCUGACUUAG